AUGAAGUUUGGCCACCUCUUCAAGCAGAUGCUCCGGGACGAGGGCUUUCCGCCCGACUGGGUCGACUCGGCCAUCUCGUACUCGCAGCUCAAGAAGUGCAUCAAGCGCCUGACCGACGAGCUGCAGCAAGUCGGCCUCGAUCCGGCCACGCUGUCCAAGCUGCUCAAGCAUGUCGAGGACUACAAUGCCUCGACCGAGCAGCACCGCGACCAGGAUCUGCCUUUUGAGUACAUUCUCAGCCCCGACAGUGCCAAGGACGGCGCGCAGUCGCCCAAGGCCUUCCAUCCCAAGCUCCUCUUCUACGUCGACGAGACGAGCGGAGAAGUCGUGGGCGCCAAAGAGACCUGGCCCGCGAACGCAUGA